AUGGGUAAUCUGUUAUGCUCAAAAUCAAAUCCUAAUCAUAAAUAAGACCCUUAAAUUAUUAAUCAGGUGCCUUUAAGUUCUAUAUCAUAUAAUUUAUUGUUUGAAGUAGAAUAAAAGGAUGAUUGCUCAGCUCUAGCCUUUAACAAGUAAGGAACACUUUUAGCUACAGCAUGUUAAUCAGAUAUAAAAAUUUGGAAGGUGGAUGAAGGAAAAUUAAUCGACUAACACAUAAUUCUGAAAGGACAUGCAAAUCAAGUAAGAUGUUUGGUGUUUAGUAAUAAAUAAAACUGGUUAAUAUCAGGAGGAAAUGAUUAAUAAAUUAUAUGUUGGAAAGAACAUGAACAGGAUAAUAACUCAAAUAAUUGGAUAUGCUCAUAGCCUUUUAAAAAGCAUAUAAAUUACGUUUACAACUUGAUUUUGAAUUAAAAUGAGGAUGAACUAAUCUCUUGUGGAGCUGAUCAUUCAAUAAAAGUUUGGAAGGCAAAUGCGUCUGAGAACUCUAUACAGCUUCUUUAUUCGCUAGACUAACAUUAGCAUUAUGUCUAUCAAAUCAGUUUGAAUUCAAGCGAGACCUAAUUAGUUUCUUGCAGUAUGGAUACAGAUAUAAUUAUUUGGGAAAAAAGUGAUCAAAAUUAACACUGGAAAUUUAGUACCAAAAUAGAAAAAUCAAUUAAAGACCAUGGUCAUAGAGUAGGAUUUCUUGCUGAUAAUCUUAUAGCUUGGACAUAAUAUGAGAAAGGUGAGUUACAUAUUUUUAAAUAACAAAAUGGAAAAUUUGUACAAAUACCUUAAAUGAAGAUCCCUCUGAAAUCACAAAAUACUCAGGAUAUUUAUAUUCUGUUUCCUUUAAUAUUUAAUACACAAAAAAAGGUUAUGAUUGUACGUCAUAACAGAUAUGUUUCUCUUUUUGAAUUAGGUUCAAAUGAGCAGUUUAGUAUAAUUGGAGAACCAAUUGAUUGUUAAACAGGUGAUAAUUAUGGAACUUUAUCUAAAGAUGGAAAACAUUUGGUGAUUUGGAACGAUGUCACUAAGUAGUUGAAAGUUUAUUAAAUAUAAUAUCCUUGA